UAGGCUUAUACGGCCCAAAAUGAAGCCACGUAAGGGAAUAGAAGCGAUCCUCAUCCCUUAGAACAUUCUCAAACACGGCAUGUUCAAGCAAGUUUUUCACACUCAGUUAAACAAAGCUUUAAAAACAAAAAUGGCUGAAACCGAAGUAGCUCAAGUUCGUUUCGGCAUCGUGGGAUGUGCAAACAUAGCAAGAAAAGUGGCCAGAGCCAUUAACUUAGCCCCUAAUUCCAUCCUCCACGCCGUCGCCAGCCGCUCCAUAGACAAAGCAAAGCGAUUCGCAAGUGACAACGGAUUGGACCCAAGGGUCAAGAUUUACGGGAGCUACGACCAACUGCUGGAUGACCCGUCGGUGGAUGCGGUGUACAUGCCAUUGCCGACUAGCUUGCACGUCCAUUGGGCGGUCAUGGCUGCCCAAAAAGGCAAGCAUGUGCUGAUCGAGAAACCGACGGCUCUUGAUGUGGGGGAGCUUGAUACAAUACUUGAAGCAUGUCAAUCUAAUGGCCUGCAGUUUAUGGAUGGGUCGAUGUGGUUACACCAUCCUAGGACUGUUAAAAUGAAGGAGAUGCUCUUUGAUUCCAAGCUUUUAGGAAACGUCAAUUAUAUAUACAGCACAUCAACAACUUCAGCAUCCCCAGAAUUCUUUGAGAAUGACAUAAGAGUAAAAGGAAACCUGGAUAGUCUCGGAGCAUUGGGUGACCUUGGCUGGUACUGCCUCGGAGCUGUGUUAUGGGCCAAAAACUACCAGCUCCCAACCGUAGUCACCGCCCUACCGGACGUCACUACAAACUCCGAUGGAGUCAUCAUCUCCUUCUCAGCUUCCAUUCAGUAUACAGAACCAUCAUCAUCAGGAGCCACGACCAACGCAAUCAUUCACUGCUCUUUCCUCGCCGAUACAUCCAUGGACUUGACCAUAACUGGUUCCAAAGGUUCCUUGAAUCUCAACGACUUCAUCAUCCCGCAACGAGAGAGCUCUGCAUCGUUCGAGUUCACGUUGGGUGCAAAGUUUGUGGAUCUUCAUAUCGGGUGGAAUGUGAAGCCUGAGAGAGUAGUUGUGAAUUGUGAUGAGCUACCGCAGGAGGGUUUGAUGGUAGAGGAAUUUGCGAGGGUUGUUGCGGGGAUUAGAACGACACCUGGGAUGUUGCUGGAUCCUAAAUGGCCUGAGAUUAGUAGAAAGACUCAGAUGCUAGUGGAUGCAGUGAAGAAAUCUGUUGAUCUUGGUUGUAAGCCUGUUUAUUUUUGAAGUGACGAUCUUGUGAGUAUGGUUGGUGUUAUUGAACAGAGUACUUGGAGGGAGCAGAUUUCGCCUAUUUUCAACGCGAACAAGAGGAGAGAUGGCCGAGACACCUAAAUUGAAGAGCCUCCAUAGAAGAUCUGAAUAAAUAAGGACAGCAGAAAUGAAAGCUUUUGUGAAACUUGCUAUCGGUUGAAGUGCUGGUAUAGAGAUUCGAAAAGACGAAUAAUUAAUGGGUACCAGCUGUUGACAGUGACUGGAUUAGGUUUCUCAUUUCCUUAUUUUGUUUUAUUUCAAUUGUUAUUUGUUUUUAUCUUGGAUCAUUUACUCUCUUUUGGGUUGGUUUUCUCUUCUAUUAGUUUUUUCUACUUAGGUCUUAGCUUCAAAGUUAUACAAGAACAUUUCCUUAUUAUGUUAUUUAUUUUUUAUCAGUAAAAUCCAGUGAACUGUUCAAAAAAAA